CUUUCUUCUUUAGAUUUUCGCGUCAUUAAUCCAUGCGCCGGAGAUAGCAGAAGCAAGAAGAUGGCCAGUUGCGCCGUCGAAGGCGGCUGUCCCAGCGAUUAUAUUGCCGUCGCCAUCGCCAUCUUGUCUAUUAUCUUACUUAUUGCACGAUCAAUCUUGCCCUGUGUACUGCACAAAAUUCCUCGAACUAAAGGAAGUGGCUUCUGGAUUCCAGUCAUUCAAGUUUUUGCCAGCUUCAACCUUCUGUUAUCAAUUGUGAUGUCUGUCCAUUUCUUGAAAUUCAAAAAGACUCAUUGGAUGCUUUCUUGCUAUAUCUGGGGAGUGUGGGUUGAGGGGCCACUUGGUUUUGGUUUACUACUAAGCUGCCGAAUAGCACAGGCCUUCCAACUAUAUAAUAUUUUUGUCAAGAGGCGCUUACCAGCAAUCAGAUCUCAUAUUUUUCUUCCGUUGAUGCUGUUGCCUUGGAUUGCUGUUGCUGCAUUUAUUCAUGCAAAGAAGCCUCUUAAUGCUAGAUGCCACAUGGGAACUUACUGGGUCAUCCCAGCUGUAUGCCUCCACAUAUUAUAUUUGGCUGCUUUGGUUGGAUUCACAAGAGCGAUUCAGCAUAUAGAGUUUAGGUUUGAUGAACUCAAAGAUCUCUGGCACGGAAUAAUUGUCUCAGCAUUAUCAAUUGGGUUGUGGGUUUCUGCUUACAUCUUGAAUGAAAUUCAUGAAGAGAUAUCUUGGCUUCAAGUUGCCUCCAGAUUUCUUCUUUUAAUUAUGUCAAGUAUCCUUGUAGUGGUUUUCUUUUCUAUAUCAAGUUCACAGCCUCUGCUUUCACAAAUCAGCUUGAGAAGAAGGGAGCCUCUUGAAUUUAAAACCAUGGGUAAGGCUCUGGGCAUACCAGAUAGUGGACUGCUAUUGCAAAGAGAACCAGUUGUAGCAAUAGAUCCUAAUGAGCCAUUAGAAAAGCUGCUUCUUAACAAGAAAUUCCGUCAGUCAUUUAUGGCAUUCGCUGCUAGUUGUCUGGCUGGAGAGACUGUACAUUUUUUUGAAGAAGUGCAUGAGCUUGCAAAAAUUCCAAUAGAUGAUCCUGUAAGAAGAAUAUACAUGGCUCGGCAUAUUAUCGAUAAGUACAUAGCUGCAGGUGCAGCAAUGGAAGUGAACAUAUCUCACAAAACCCACCAGGAAAUUUUGACCACCACUGACCUAGCACAUGCUGAUCUCUUUAAAAAUGCACUAAAUGAGGUGAUCCAAUUGAUGAAAAUGAACUUGGCGAAGGAUUACUGGUCAUCCAUGUAUUUCAUGAAGUUCAAGGAAGAGGCAAGUAUGAGAUCUAGUGGCUGUGAGCUAGAACAGAUGUCGGGAUGGAACUACUCUCCUAGGUUGAGUUUUGUACAUGCUACCGAUGAUCCCUUUCACCAUGACCAUUUCCCAAAGGGCUCUAGCCAUGAUAGUUAUCAUUCAGACUGACACAAUGAGCCAACGUUAGUAAAUUAUUAAUUGUUCAUAGUUGCAGAUUAAUUCCAUUCAGGGAAACUUGAUGUAUCAUACAUGUACUGCCUUUGUACAGAUACAUCCUUGAGUCACAUAACUAUUACCUUUGCAGAUAUGCCUUUCGUCCGAAUUUUCAUAUAUACAAAUUAAUUUUCAAUUGCCCA